GCUUUGAUAUUAUUUUCGGGGCUGGUCAUCAACUGAGAGUAUGUCAGCCACACAAAAAUCUCGAAAAGAGAACUAGCGGUUCAAACCUUUCUUCUCGUUAUUCAAACAAUGUCAUAAUCGGAGAAGCUACUACUCGGCGAUUCAAACAAUGUCAUAAUUGGAGACGCUACCACUCGGCGCCGCCGUCGUCGUGAAAUUGAAGCGCUGAUCUUCCUAAACGACGGCGUAAGCUUGCUCCAAGGAUUCAACUCGAGUCAUGUGAACUGAAUUGACUGUCAGAACACGGGCCUUGGCGAACCCAUCUGACCUUAACCCGGCCCGUUUAGAGGCGGAGCCCACAUCGGCCCAUUUGCUUCCUACUUGGCCGGCCGGUCAGUAUCGGAUCGGAACUAAAUAAUUCCAAGGAACUUCGAUCCUCUAGGCAGCCGUUAAUCAAUUCGCCGGCACCGAACAGUUCCAACGCGUCGGCGGUGUUCCAGUAAUCAGAUUGGUCGCCGAAUUUCACGUUUAGAUGAUGUCCGAAGAAGAGAAACAAGUGAAAUCGUAUUCCGAGGCGUCAACGACUUCCUCGGUUGAAAUUCAGAAUUGGAUACAAGCGCAGGAUUUGCUGAAGAAGAAACUGAUCAAGGAGGAUGAGUUGGAAGGGGAAGUGGAUGAUUUGAAGUAUAUCGGCGGCGUUGAUAUAAGCUUCUUAAAGGAAGAUUCAUCAGUUGCAUGUGGUACGCUCGUGGUUAUGGAUCUUCAAACACUUCAAGUUGUUUAUGAUGAUUUCUCUCUUGUUACCGUUCAAGUUCCUUAUGUCCCUGGUUUUCUAGCAUUUAGAGAGGCCCCAGUUAUCUUGGAGCUUUUGGAGAGGAUGAAAAAUAGAUCUCCUCAUUUGUAUCCACAGUUAAUGAUGGUUGAUGGGAACGGAAUACUCCAUCCUCGAGGUUUUGGUCUGGCCAGUCAUCUCGGCGUUCUUGCUAAUUUGCCUACGAUUGGAAUUGGCAAGAAUCUGCAUCAUGUUGAUGGUCUUACUCAGUCCAGUGUGAGGCAACUCCUUUCCGAGGGCAAAAAUAAUGAUUCUAUAAUAACUUUGAAGGGUAUCUCUGGAUGCAUUUGGGGUGUGGCUAUGAGAUCUACUGUUGAUUCAUUGAAGCCGAUAUACGUUUCAAUUGGUCAUCGUAUUUCACUCGAUACUGCCAUCAGGAUUGUUAAAAUCACUUGCAAAUAUCGUGUUCCAGAACCUAUCCGACAGGCUGACAUUAGAUCAAGAGAAUACCUCCGAAAAUUUCAAAUGGGAACGUUAGAAAGAGCAACUUCAUAGUAAAGGUAACUUUUCUACUGAGAUUAGUCAUGUGCAAAUGAGAUAAAUUUAUGAACCUGUAGUUAAAAAAGUGUUCAUAACCAUAACUAGUUAUUCAUGUUAUUGGGAAUUAAACACUUGUCUGAGAUUUAUUCCACAUAAAGAUUUUGACUGAUUCUGUCAUUGAAAAAUGAAGAGGGAUGAUGUACUUGAAAAUAAUGAAGGGGCCAUCAUGAGAUUCUAUUGCCUGUA